AUGUUGAUCUUAGUUGGUGCUCCGGAAGACCAGCUUUACUCUGCAUACGAGUACAAUGUUACCCGACCUGGUGCAGUGUACCGGUGCGAGCCAGGGUACAGGAACUAUGCUGCUGAGGGGAAUGUCAGGACCCUGGACCGGUGCAGUCCUAUGCAGUUUGAUAAGAAUCCAAGAAACAACGCGGAUCGUCAAGGUCGCCAGGUGGAUCAGAAAUCGAACCAAUGGUUUGGUGCGACGCUGACCAGUACUGGCAGGAAUGGUGCUAUCAUGGCCUGUGCUCCUCGCUACGUGUCCUAUGUGUCUGCGAAGCUCAACCAGAGAGACCCAGUGGGCACGUGCUUCGUCGCCAACAGUCCGGACAUGACUGACGUUAAGGAGUUCUCACCAUGCCGUACUUCAAGUCACGGACAGCGCAAGACUGGCAUGUGCCAAGCCGGUUUCUCGGGAGCCAUAUCAAAGGACGGACAACGGCUAUUCAUGGGUGCACCAGGCAGUUUCUUCUGGCAAGGUCAGCUGAUGUCUCAGUCUAUGGGAAGUCGUCCAGCACUGAUUGCCACUCCUGAAGCUAGUCCUAAGUACGAUGACUCUUACAUGGGUUACUCAAUUGCUGUUGGUGAUUUCGCUGGUCAGGGUAUUCAGAGUGUUGCUGUUGGUGUGCCGAGAGGAGCUGGACUCAAAGGAUUGGUUGUUCUCUACACUUGGGAGCUUCAAAACAUCAAGAACAUUAGUGGCUCGCAGAUCGGUGCUUACUUCGGCUACAGUAUUGCCUCUGGCGAUAUUGACGGCGAUGGUUUUGAUGACGUCAUUGUUGGUGCUCCAAUGUUCACCAGAACUAAGACUGAUGGAUUUGAACACGGAAGAAUUUAUGUGAUCUACCAGGAUAAAGACCGAUCUUUCACAAGGAGCCAUGCCAGGACCGGUGAGGUUUCCCGAGGCAGAUUCGGUUUGGCUGUCACGUCGCUCGGUGACAUCAACUACGACACUUUCGGAGACAUAGCAGUGGGUGCUCCUUACGGCGGUGAGAACGGCCGUGGUGUAGUCUACAUCUACCAUGGCAGUGCGAUGGGCAUCCAUGAGAAAUAUUCCCAAGCCAUCACUGCUGAGGAGAUCUCUCCCACCUUGACUACCUUCGGAUUCUCCCUCUCUGGAGGAGUGGAUCUGGAUAAUAACAACUACACGGAUUUGGCAGUUGGUGCCUACAAAUCUGAUAGCGUUGUGUUUUUGAAGUCUCGCCCAGUAGUGAAAGUGACUGCCGAAGUGAAGUUCUUAGUUGACAGCAAGUUGAUCUCGCUGACUGACAAGAAGUGUCCUCUCGCUAACGGAACCACGUUUGCGUGUGCGCAGGUUAUGUUCUGCCUCUCAUACGGAGGUGUUAAUGUGGAUCAGCAGAUUAAAUUUGAGGUGACCUUGGACCUAGACUCCCGGCAGAAGACCACGAAGAGGCUGUUCCUCGCAGAGACCAGGGAGACAACGUAUAAGACCCAGAUACUGCUAACGCAGGGAGAACAUGAGUGCAAGGAUAUCCUCGAUGAAAUCCGUGACAAACUGACUCCUAUCGAAGUGAAGAUGUCGUACGACCUGGUGAACCAGCCGUCUGGUAACAUCGUGCCUCCAGUCCUCGACCAGACCCAUAGCAUCAUGCACACAGACUCCCUCAACAUCCAGAAGAACUGCGGCGCUGAUAACAUUUGCAUUCCUGAUCUGAAGAUGGCUGCUACCACCCCUACAAUCAACUACGUCCUAGGGUCUGGUGAGAACCUCCACAUUGACGUCAAAGUAGAGAACUCUGGUGAAGAUGCUUUUGAAGCUGCCUACUACCUGAUGAUUCCUUCAGGAGUAACAUACGCCAAGAUGGAACGUCUGGACAAGGAUACGGAUACUCUGAUAUACUGCUCCAUCACCAACAGGUUCCCUGAUGGUAACACCACUUUGAAAUGUGACCUUGGAAACCCCAUGGCUAGUGGACAAAAGGUAAACUUCCGCCUCAUCUUAGAAGUGGACGCUCGCGUGACCACGCUGAGCUUUGACAUGGAAGCGAACUCCACCAACGUGGAGCAGGACACCAUGUACGACAACUCCAUGCACAUGAACAUCGGCGUCGUCGUCAGGGCACACCUCUCUAUCAUUGGAACUUCAGACGCACCCGAGCUACACUACAACGCUUCGCAGUACGAAACACAAAACAUCAAGGACGACACUAAACUUGGACCUCAAGUGAUCCACAAAUACAACUUGAAGAACGAGGGACCGUUCACUGUUGAAGAAGCCGAGAUAUACUUCAUGUGGCCCUACCAGACCCUUGAAGCUAUGAUGAGUAGCGAAUUCUACACCGCGUCGCAAACUUCGGGAGGUGGUGGAUAUUACGGACAAGUGUACUGGGAUGAUCUAUCCAAUGGCGGCCAAUACAACUACCAAAGUAAUACUGGUAGUGUCAACUUAGGAGGCUCUGGUUAUGGUACUGGACAGUCCAGUCAUUCCAGUGGAAGUUCGAGCUCCAGCUCUACCCAUUUCAGUAGCAGCAGCAGCCAAAGUGGAGGGCAAUUUGUUAGCGGUCAGGCUGGCAGUGGACAAUUUAGUGGUAGUCAGAGCGGAAGUGGGCAGUUCUCUGGUACCCAGAGUGGCAAUGGGCAAUUCGUUGGCGGCCAUAGUGGAAAUGGACAAUUUGUUACCAGCCAAACUGUAAGCGGAAACCACGGUGCCAAUGGACAAUUUAGCGGUAACCAAGGAUCCUUUGGAAACCAAGGUGGCCAUUUCGGUGGUCAAAAUCAUGGCCAGCAAGGCACUUUCACAUACAACCAGACCUGGAGCUCUUUUGAGGACAGUGAAGACCUAACAGCUGAACAAAAAGAAGAGAUUAGGAAGAAACUAGCAGCUGCUCUCGCUUCCGGAGCUGGUCAAGGUAGCUGGAGCUCUCAAAAUGGGGCUUUUGGCGGUCUUGGACAAGGUUCCAUCGUGAAAGUCAAGAACAAGACGAUAAUAUAUGAUGCUAAUCACAACAUUAUUUCGGAAAUUGAGACAAGUACUGAAUUUGCAAAUCUUGGACACGAAGGAGAAGCUGGUAGCUCUUUCAAUGUAUACGCUAACCAGGGUGGUGUUAACCAAGCAGCUUCACAAGGGCAUGCUCAAGGUUCUUGGCAGACAAGUUCUCAAGGGUCAGGCACUUACUCGCAAGGAUCCGGCUAUAACCAAGGAUCAGGCUAUAGCCAGGGCGCUGGAGGGUACAAUCAAGGAUCUGCAGCAUACAACCGAGGGUCUGGCACCUACAACCAAGGGUCUGGCACCUACAGUCAAGGAUCAGGAUCUUAUGGUUCCGCAGGAUCAAGAGGCUUCUCACAAGAUUCAAAUCAAGGCCAAGGAUUUGUCCACGGAUCAUGGGCAACCACAGAAACUGUCAAUCCUGACAUCGCUAAUGCUGGCUCAGCUACCUUCAGAGGAUCCUCAAGUGUUACUGUUGUAGGAGAUGAAGAAGAAGACAAACUUGAAGGGUUCGGAGUUAAUGCUGCGUAUAAUCCUAAUAACGAGUUUAAGUAUGGCAUCGCUGACGUCAGUGGCAGUUCUGGUGGAAGCCAGAGAAGUUCAGCUGGUGCUGCACAAGGUGGAAGCUACCAUGCUGGAGGUGGAAGUUACCAGGCUGGAGGUGGCAGCUUCCAGGCUGGAGGUGGAGGCUUUCAAUCUGGGGGUGGCACCUACCAAUCUGGCGGUGGAAGCUACCAGAGUGGUGGUGGUGGACAUACGUCAUACAGCAGUCACUCUGGUAAUGGCUUCAGCGCUUCUGAACGUCGUGAGAAUACCAGGAGACGGCGUCAGGAUCAAGUGGAUCCACAGCUGAAGCAAAUUCUGGAAAAAUGUGAGGAAAAGUACAAGUGCGAGGUACUGAGAUGUACUACUGGGCGCAUGAUGAAGGGGCAGGAGGCUUGGUUUGCGUUCAGGUCGAGGAUCAACGCGUCCGUGCUUAGUGAGAUUUCCAAGGACCGCGCAGUGAUCCUGUCGACAUUAGCUGCAGCGCGCGUUUCUCGGCUGCCCAUGGUGGGGCGGCCGACAGACCGAACCUGGCACACGGCAGAAGCCCAAACCCUCAUCACACCCCGACUCGAGGCUCUGGACAGCGGCACCAUCCCACUUUGGGUCGUUAUACUCGCCGCCAUCAUCGGUGCACUCCUACUUCUACUGCUCAUCUUCGCUCUCUACAAAUGCGGAUUCUUCAAAAGGAACCGUCCCUCGGACCACGCUGAGCGGCAGCCUCUGAACGGGCGUGACGAACAUCUCUGAUAUCCGACCACUGAUCUGGGCGUCACCAGCGAUACAGCUGGGACGUCUGAAGCGGGCGCCACGUCCGACUCGCCCGACGACAGCUCGUCGACUGACGCUGCCAGUGACGUCACGAGUCGCGACUCCACUAGCUUCGAUAGGUACUGACAACACAAAGUCAACGUUCAUAAAUUUAAAAAGUGUUAGUUUCAUUUUGAUGAGAGUCAUCGUUUUUGGCAUUUGUAGUAUAGUUUUGAAGAAGAAUUUUCAUGCGCCCCUAGUGUCCAAAUUCAAAUGCGAUAACCCUCAUUCAAAAAAUUAACAUUGGUAGAAAUAGGUGCGAACAAAAUGUCCUUAAAAAUAUUAGCACGAAGCUGUAUUUCUUGUAUUUAUUUUUGACGUGAAU